AGUAUCCGUUACAAAACACAUUUGACGUCCACCGUUUCACAUUUUCAAGAUUCAAAAGUUGAUUCAAAAAGCUGAAAUCCCUCGUCAUUUCCUCUUCACAUAAAAAAGCUCCAAAAAUUAUCACUCCUCCAUUUCCGUUCAUCAUCACUUGCAACGAUGGAAGCUCACUCAGAGAUGCAAAUCCCAGUAUUCACAGUUUGGAAGAACAACGCAAUCCUCAAGAACAUCUUCCUAAUCAACUCCCCCCCUGUAAAUCAAAACGAAACCCAGCAAGAAAAUGACGAAAUUUGUAAAAUCAAUCAAGAAUUUGAAGAGACAUUGGUAGUUGGUCGACACCCAGAUUGCGAUAUUCGAGUUGAACAUCCCAGUAUUAGCCGUUUUCAUCUCCGUAUUCACUCCAAACCCUCUUCCAAGCACCUUUCUCUCACUGAUUUGUCUUCUGUACACGGAACAUGGAUUUCAGGAAGAAGGAUAGAACCAAAUAUAAGAACAAGGAUGAAUGAGAGUGAUAGUUUGAGGAUUGGAGGAUCAAGUAGGGUUUACAAGUUGCACUGGAUUCCAGUGAGCCAAGCUUAUGACGUUUCCAACCCUUUUGUUCCUCCCUUGGACUUCGUGGAGCUGCCCGAAGACGAGGAUGAAGAGAUCAUCAAGGAUGAGAGUUCACUAGGACUUGGAAAUGAGGAGGUACAAGGAGUUGAUUCUGUUUCAAAGGGUUUAGUGUUUGGUGUUCUGUGUGAUGAUGAUAGAUUGGUUGUAGAGAAAGUUGCUGAGAUAACAGAAGAAAAAUGUAUGGCAGUGGAUAAUGAGUGUGUUGAAUUGGAAAAUGAGGAGGUACAAGUGUUUGGUGUUCUGUGUGAUGAUGAUGAUAGAUUGGUUGUAGAGAAAGUUGCUGAGAAAACAGAAGAAAAACUUACGUCAGUGGAUAAUGAGUGUGUUGGACUGGAAAGCCCUGAUAUGGAAAUCUUGAGGCCUCCAUUUGUAGAUGAAAACUCGCAAGUAUCUGCACAGGAAUUACUGGAUAACGGAAAUGUGCAAUCUCUGGAUUCGGCUUUGGAAGGCUUGAUAUCUCCAUUUCUGGAUGAAAAAUCUCAAGUAUUUGUGCAGGGAUUAGUGGAUGAAGAAAAUGUACAACCUCUGGAUUCUGCUUUGGAAGGCUUGGUGUCUCAGUUUCUGGAUGAAAACUCGCAAGUAUCUGUGCAGGAGUUAGUGGUUAAUGAAAAUGUGCAACUUCUGGAUUCUGCUUUGGAAGGUUUGGUGCCCUUAUUUCUGGGUGAGAACUGGGAAUGGGUUGGGCAGAAAUGGAAUUAUAUGGCAUGUCCCACAGAAGAAGAACAUCCCGAGCUAGUGAAGAAUGAAGAUAUAGGAUCUGUUCCUGUUUUAGAGGCUUUGGAAACCUUGUUUCUGGACGAAAACACUGAACAGCUUGUGCUAGAAGAAGAAGAGGAUGAAGAUAUCAUCAAGGAUGAGAGUCCUCAAGAACAGGAAAAUGAGGAGGUACAAGCAGUUGAUUCAUUUUCAGAGGGUUUAGAGUUUGGUGCUGCAUGUGAUGAUGAUGUAUUGGUUAAAGAGCAAGUAGCUCCAAAAACAGAAGAAGUGUGGAAUUUCUGGUGUGGAUCACCUGUAGCACCACCAUCACCUCUUGUCACUAAUGGGAUUCUUCUUAAUACUGCAAAACUUCACCUUGACAUAGAAAACCAGUCCGCAGAAAAUAAACCUGAACCUAGAAUGCUAUCUGAAAGGAAAUUUCCAGGAAGUGUCAAUGUGAACUCAUCACUUAAGGAACACAAUGGGGGCAAACUAUGGAGUUUCUGGUCUGGAAAUAUGGGGGUUGAAUCUUCAGUGUGUUCAUCUUUCUCUGAUGCAAGCUUCUUAUCAGAGUCUGAAAACAAAUCAUCGAGAAAUGGCUUUGAGAGUCCAUUUGGGAGUCCUCUGAUGGAAUCAGAUCAGAAGUCUGCAAGUAGCAUUUGGUCCAGAAGAGGGAAACUACAAAGUGCUCCCCAAAUUUCAACAAACAUUUCUGAAAAAAAGAAACUGAGAAGUGAUCAGAAGAAUGUUAAGCAUGAGCCUGUUUCCAGGGCUCUCUUUCAUGAAGUGGAAACCCAAGAAGAAGAAGAAGUUUUUACUCCAGACAAAGAGAAUUUCACCCCUAAUACUCACAAGUCAAUGAGAAAGUUGGUUAUGUUAAAAGAAGUGAAGAAUUCAAGUUCACCCCUUUUAAAGAUUAUUGGAAGUCCGAAAAUCUACUAUGAGGACAACAUGAUGUCUCCUUCAUCAGAUAAAGAGAAUUAUUCACCCAGAACUUUUCUGGAGAAGAAAACAGCACGACGUGGUUCUCUGAAUCAAGUAAAAUCACUUCGGGUGAAAGAGAAAAAAGGUGGAAGGAUGCCUUUUCAAUCUCUUCUUGCAGAUUCACCUAAGAAUAGUUCAUCUGAAACUUGCUUUCCUGGUGCUGCUAAAAUCACAAGCAAGACUAAUAUACCGGAGAAAUGCUCUGGUGAGAGAACCCAAAAAUGGAGUAUGCUAGUGGACACUACUACUCUACUGAACAAAGAAUCAAGAAAGGCAUUGCAGCUUCUUGAAGGUCUCAAGGGAACCCAACUUAUCAUCCCCAAAAUAGUGAUAAAGGAUCUUGCUUGUUUGAAAAGACAAACGAGUUUCUUCAGAAGAAAUACAGAGGUAUCAUCAGCAUUAGAAUGGAUAGAAGAUUGCAUGGUGAAAACACAGUGGUGGAUCCAUGUUCAGAAUUCCACAGAGGAAGUGCAGUCUGUUGCAGCAACCCCUCCUGCAUCACCUUACUCCUCUCAAGUCAGUUGUGGGACAACUGCAGGCUCCUUCCCCUUCUCUGCCCUUGAACUUCUCUCGCCCUCGACAGAAGAUCAUGUUCUUGACUAUGCUCUUAGCUUCAGGAGGAAUAAGAAUGAGGGACAACUCGUCCUUCUUAGUGAUGACAUUACCUUGAAGAUUAAGGCCAUGGCAGAGGGUAUAAUCUGUGAGACGGCAGAGGAUUUCAGGGAAAGUCUGGUGAACCCUUUCUCCGAGAGGUUCCUGUGGACCGACAGCUCCCCGAGAGGUCAAACCUGGUCUUACUCAGACGACUUUGUUCUACGAGAGAAGUUUUAUCCUAGCUCGUUGAAGAUGAUGAUGACACCGAAGGCUAUGGAGAAUGUCAAGGGUCUGAAGCUGAUCUUGCUUCAUAAUUCACAGUAUUUUGAACGAAUGACUGCAAUUUACUAGGAUUGAUGAUUAUUAUGGCUUUUUGCUGAAACUUCUAGGAAGUUGUAAAUGAUGAUCGAUUCGAUUCAAUUCAAGUUGAUGAUGAUGAUCUUUGAUGAUGAUCAAUUCACUAGGAUGUUUUUGCUGUUCGUUCAAUAAUAAAAUGGUAUCAAUUCUUUAUC